ACGAGAUUAGCCAACGGUUUGAGUUAAAAGUGGGAUUUUUUUUUUUUUGAUUUUUCUUAUUUUUGAGCUUUCCCGGAGCAACAAUGGCGGUUUCUCUAACGUCGCCGUCGACGAUCACUCUCAGAACUCCGCACCCGAAGCUGAAAACGAUUCAUGGGUUAGGGACGGUACUUUCUGGUUAUUCUCUCAAAUCUCACCUUCGUCAAACCGUAACGAGUUUCUCUCUCCGGCGUAACGCCGUGGUUGUAUCGGCCAUUACCGGCGCUUCAGGAACUGGAACGGGGAAAGAUACUGCUGAUUUGCUAGAUACAGUAAAAGUCUUGGAUUUGAGAGGAAAUGAGAUUCCGAUUUCUGAUUUAUGGAAGGAUAGGAAGGCUGUUGUUGCAUUUGCUCGUCAUUUUGGAUGCGUUCUCUGUCGGAAACGAGCAGCUUAUCUUGCAGCAAAGAAGGAUGUGAUGGAUGCAUCUGGUGUUGCUCUUGUUCUAAUCGGACCCGGAAGUAUCGAUCAGGCUAACACUUUUGUGGAACAGACCAAAUUUGAAGGAGAGGUGUAUGCGGAUCCAAACCACGCAUCAUACGAGGCGCUCAAAUUUGCUUCAGGGGUUUCUGUGACAUUUACCCCCAAAGCUGCUCUGAAGAUAAUAGAGUCUUACAUGGAAGGAUACCGCCAAGACUGGAAACUCUCGUUUAUGAAAGAUACAGUAGAAAGAGGAGGCUGGCAACAAGGCGGUAUCUUAGUUGCUGGGCCUGGAAAAGAUAACAUCUCUUACAUCCGCAAGGACAAAGAAGCUGGAGAUGACCCGCCUGUUGAUGAGAUCCUAAAAGCGUGUUGCGCUUGAAGCAAUCCAUAGACAAAGCCAAAAGACAUCAUUUUAUUUUAUCAAUAGAAUCAAUCUCUACAUUCAUAGAAGCUCGCAUAGAUGGAGAUUUGUUCAAAAAUCAUAUACUUUGUAACAAUAAAACGUGUUUCUUACGCAAAGAUAUAAGACAUAAACUUGA